ACGAACGGUCCGACAACGCAGACGUGCUGGAGCAGCCUCUGGAGCAGACGACGGACUACUUAGGACGACAACUCGUGGACUGGAGCGCUAAGAAUCGAGAUUUUGGAUCAGAACUUCUUCGGAGGAAGUCCUGGAAGACGAACAACGUUCUUGGACAGUCUGUGAAGUGAUCGGGGUUUGUGGAUAUUCGAACCGAAAAUGAAUCGCAAGUGAUAUAUUUUGCACACAAAAUAUUGGCAAUCUUGUGAGGAAAGUUUUCAACCACGUUUUGGGUCCUAGUGCCCAAAGGGGCCCGAAAUUUCAGCGGAGUGACCCAAGAAGGUACCGUGAAGAGAAAGGCAUCAACGACAGAAAAAGAGAAGAAAAAAUAUUAUAAUAAGUACCCAACUGUGUGCCCCCCCUCGAAAACAGAAAAGGUGAUAAAUCAUUAAAAAGUGUAACUCUCUCGCAACAAGGUUUGUGCAAAAGUUGGAAUUCAAGACCCCAAAAAAAGGCAAAGGCUGUGAGUGAUUGAGAAGAUCAUCGGACGGCAUCAUCACAAAGGGGGAGCAAAAUAAGCAUCAACGUGCUGAAAUGAAAAAUUAGUGACAUACCCCUCGGUGUCGUGCAGCGCAGUUGGCAGUUUGUUGGCGGUGAACGCAAACGUUGUAGAGGAUCUUGCGUGAAGAAAGUUGCAAACCCCUCGGGGGGUCCCCAGACCAAUUCGCGAGACAGUGGAAAUUUGAAACCCAGAAGUCGGGCCGGAUUAGUGUGUUGUGUGCAAAAGGAGCCAAAAAUAAGGGGAGCUUUUUUUCUGUGCGGAACUUUGGUGGACCAGAGAUCUGGCCAAGGGUGCAGUAACAGACAAGAUCUGUUGGAGAAGUGCUGUUUUUGAAACCAGACGAAGACGACACGAGGUCUGCAGGAUGAAGCUGUUCAUUGUGUUGAUUGCCUCGCUGGCAGUGGUUCAACACGUGACGGCUGCAGGAAAGAACGAAACAACCUCUAAGGCGACGACAAAGCCCGACAGCAGUCUCAAAAAGGAGACGGAACCGGCCGCUAAGGAGACCAAGGCCAAGGAGCCGGCCACCGAUGCCGAUUCGCGGGGAAAGCGCAAUCUGGAGCUCGGCUAUGGCGGGUACAAUUACUACCAAACCGCGCCGAGUCCGUACCGGGCGGAUCGACGCAUCUCGAACGCGUACCAGGACCAGUCCCGGCCGCCGUACUACAACAACUACGUGCACCAUCCGCAGGCGCUGGUUGGACCGCCGCCGCAUCACUAUCAUGGUCCUUCAGGAUUUGAGAGUGAUAUCUCCAACUCGGUAAACAACUACCAACCAGGACCGCCAAUUCAUCACCACCAGCCGGUCUACCUAGAAGCUCCGGAACCGAUCAUUGAGAUCAUCAUCAAGGAGAGCAACGAAUCAGCACCGUACGACACUCAAGUACCAUUGCUUCCCAACCAAAAGAAGAAGAAGGAAGAGGUGCAGGUAUUCUACGUCAAGUACCACAAGGACGAAAAGAAUGGUAUCGUGCUGGACACUCCAGUGCCAGCGCUGAAGCCUCUGCCGGACGAGAGCGAAGAGGAGCAGGACGAUACCGCACCGCUGCACGAGCAACCGAUCGUGGUGACCCCGGGACCUCCCCAGAAGACGACCACUCUGCGAGCUAUUAUCAAUCCGGACUCGGAGAAAUAUCACAGCAACAGUGGAAUCCGAAUUUCUUUCGGCACAGAAGACAAGCACCAACAGGGUCAUCAGAUAUCCGAAACGGAAAGCGAGAGUGUGGCUCAACCCGUUGUAGCCCUGCCUCUGCCGGGCACGCCAGGACUUAAACAGGGUCCGCAGCAGCAACCUCCGCAACAUCAGCAGAAUCAACAUUUCUCUAGUCAACACAAAGCUGAUCAGUUCUACCAGCAACACCAGCAAUUCUUGCAGCAGCGUUCGUUCCCAACUGCAGCUCCUUUCGCGGCACAGCCACAGUUCCUCCAGCAACCUCCCCAUCCCCAACAAAAUUACGUCCAGAACUUUGGACCGUCCACUCCUGCCCAACCACCCCAGCAACAGCAGCCCCAGCAAUACCGUCCUCAACCUCAGUACCAAUUCCAGCAAUUCCAAGCCCCACCCCAGCAGCAGCAUCGCUUCCAACACUUUGACCAGGGACGUAACUACGUCCAAGCCCCUCAACCCCAACCCCAACCACAGCAACAGCAACAGUUCCGUGCCCCACCUGCCCCUAUCCAAGUUCCGCAAUCCAACCAGUUUGUUCAUCAACAACCUCACUUUGCCGGCCCUCCUCCUCCGCCACCACCACCGCAACAACAGCCCCUUCCGCAACCCCAGCAACAACACCAAUCCCACCAACAACAACAACACCAAAACCACCAACAACAACAGCGCUUUUUCCCCCAACCCCAGCAAAUCCGCCAGCAACCUCCUCCCCAAGAAAUCCAAGCACCGGCACCGCAGCCAAACCAAAACCAACCCAAACCAAUCCCAAUCCCGCUUCACAAUAUUAACAACCAACCUCCACUAAGACAACAGUACACGCAACCUCCUCAGCAACAGCAACAACAACAACCGCAACAAUCGCAGUUCAACCAACCCUUCAACAGCUUCUUCAAGCAGCAGCAGCUCCAACAGGUGACCCGAUUCCCGGAAAAUCGUCCGCAACCGCAACCACAGCCCCAACCUGCGAUUCGCGGCAACUUUGUUGAUUUCGCCCGCCCUGUUCAGGGUGGGCUGGUGCAGCAGGCCGCUCCCAAUCUGGGAACCACGCGCACUCCGGAUCAUCAAACGACCGCCGCCGAGCAUCAGGGCAACCUGAAGAACAUUCUGCCACCGGGUGGUGAACUCGUGCAGAGCGUACCCAAGUACGAGACUCACAUUACCGAGCACAUCAAGGAUGAUGGCCAGAAGCAGAGCUACGUCUCUACUCAGUUUAACCAUGGACCGACGUACAAGAUUCUCCCGUCGCAGGAGUUGAUCAGCCAUUCGGUUGCGCCUCAGGUCGAAAGCCAGAAGAACUAUGUACAGGCUCCGCAACCACUGCCAACGCCCCAGCAAUACGUGAGCAAGCAGGCGGCUGGUCCGCAGAUCAUUCCGAACUCGGAACCGCUGAGCCACAGCCAGCGAAUUGCUAGCAACGUUGCGCAUUUGAUCAAUCACACUCCAAGAAACAACUUCCAACAGCAGCAGCCGCAACAACAACAGCAGGUUCAGCAACAUCAGCAACAGCAACAGCAGGUUCAACAACAGCCCAAGGCACCGCAACCACAGCAACAACAGUAUCAGCAACAACAAUAUCAACAACAGCCACAAUACCAACAACAACAACAACAGACACAGCAGCCUCAGCAACCAACCUUCGUCUGGAAUCAAGGACGAUCAACGCCACAAACCUACUCGCCAACUCCGAAGUCUCAACCCCAGCAACCUCAACAACAGCAGCAACAACAGCAACGUUCCCAGCAACCGGCUUUCGGCACUCGAACCACCGCUGCCUUCCCCAAGACCCCCGUUCAACCCACCACCACACGAACCACGACCCAGCGACCAACUACAACCACCCCGUCAGCACCAGUAGAUACGGGAAAGAAGCAGAAGGCGAUCCUGGACCUCCCCGACGAGGUGCCCGAUGAUAUCCGCCAGCAUCUCCUGUCGUCCGGAAUCCUGGACAACGCCGACAUUAGCGUGCUCGACUACGACAAGCUCGGGGAGACCGCGCUGGAGAACCUGCCGCCAGAGCAUCUGGCCAACUUCUUCAGCUCGGGUGGUGCCUCGCAGAUUGCCGGUUCGAACAACGUCGUGUCGGUCGUGAAACCCAACGGGGACAAGCUGCCGGAGAAGUUCAUUUCGAAGAACUACGACGUAAAGGAUAAGCGGGUAAAGUACGUGAUCGCUAACCAACCGCCGCAGAUCGAGGAGAGUGAAGAGGAACCCACGUUCGUGACCAUGCCGGAGAAGCAGAACGUUGACCUGAAGGUGGUCCGCUUUGACCCGUCGAGCCAGAAGAACGUUACCGAUCGGUACAUCAAGCACGACUCGACGAUCUUGCCGUCCGUUGACAUUGCCGGAGAAAACGAACAGAACGACCAGAUCUACAACCGGUAUCUGCCGCUCAAGAUCAACGGAGCGCAGUUCCCGAUUCCGGAUGCUCCGGAACUUCGCGGAAGACGCAUCUCCAGCGUGGUCGUGCUCGCACCCGUGGACAACCUGAAGCCGAACAACAGCUUCGUGAUUAACGCCGAGCAGGAAGCCUCGUCGGAAGAGGAGGCCGAGGAGGAACAGUCGCGGUUUGAGCGGGAUGUGCUGGACUCGCAAAAGGUCAAGUUUAUCGCGGGGGAAGCGCUGAAGCAGCUGAUCAAAAAGCCGUCGACGGAUAACUUUAAGCGGUGGCUCGAGAAGGAGGGCAAGACCGAGGUGGAUCUUCAAAGUGUGGUGCUACUCGUUACUAGAAACGAGUACGACGAACAGGAGAUCUUCAUGUACGACAUCACGACGAAGGGUGUGACGCACCUGAACGGUGAGCUGUCGCAGCAGUUUGUCAAGGUCGCCGAGGAGAACGCCAACACGCACAACCUGGACGACGUCCCGAUCGUGGACAGCGGAAUUCUGGAGCAGAUGGAGACGGCCGAGAGCUCCAACAAGGACGAAGAUCUGUACAGCCUGCACGGGGACGAGUCGUCGUACGUUUCGGGUGAGGACGACCAGGACGAGGACGAACAAGCGGAACCUUCGGAAAAUGUCGAGACGGUGGUCAAGUUCGAGCAGAAGCCCAUGAUCGUGUACCCAGUGAACAGCAAGUACCGACCGGUGCAGAUCAACUCCGGCUACAGUAGUAUCAAGAAUUAGGAUCAGUUGCGAGUGCAGAGUGUUGAGUGCAUGAGAGCGAGAAUCGAGAGAUUGCGAGAACUUUAAGGAUGCGAAACCGAUCAAGUCUUAUACAUAGUUCAAAUUUCUUCUUUUAAUACACACACUAGCUGGUAGAGAGAACGAGUUACGAGCCCUUUGAUGAGAGUGCGAGCUGAUGAGAGUGCUGAAAGUUCUAGUAGAGUAAAUUUCUUUCACAAAACGAUUUCGACAAACCUAGAAAUGACCAACCUAGUGUUCGCACAGCGAAAUUUUUGCAAAUAGUGUGUAGUGUAAAAUAAGUUUACAAAUUUAAAAAAAAAGCCAACAGUUUAUGUACAUAGUAGAACACUUACCUUCCCCCUUCUCUUACGACGGAGGUGAAUCGCUGCAAAAACAA